GGACGCGCACACGUGACCGCGUAGACAGCGCUUGGCUGCCAGCGCUGGGCCGCUCAGGGGCCGCUGGCCGCAUCCAUCUGGAUGUCGGAAGCCUCAUCCUCAUAUACUGACACUCAGGCAGUCGUACGAUAUAGCAGCGAUAUAAAGACCUGCGCUCUGGACCGCGCGCGCUCUACCUCCCCUCGCUGUGUCUCCGACAGACUUGGAUCACGCAUUACAACCUCACGUCGCAUACAUCACACAACAUGGCAAGAAGACCACUCACGUCUCGUCCCUUGGACCUGGUAUACUUUUCAUUCUUCCUCAUGCACACAUUCGCGACGAUCGUCGUGGACCUUCAAGCGGUCUAUCCACCGCAUCUCGUCCCUAGCGCCAUGAAGGGCAUCGUGGACUACUACUUAACGACAUACAACGACCCACUCAUCGGCGGCGUCAUGGGCUUCUUCGGGUCCGCAAAAGCGGAGUCAUUCAACUGGUUCCACACAUUUGUCGUCAUGGAAGCUUUCUUCCAACUCCCUGUCUUCCUUCUGGGCAUGCGUGGGCUGUACAAGGGUACCCGUGCUAUCUAUGUGCUCCUUCUCGUCUACGCCUCCUCCGCGGCCACGACCACGCUCCCCUGCCUUACGACUAUUCUCUACACGCCCGUCACGUCUGUCGCCUCAACUGACCCGAGCAGCAUCAGCAUAAACCCUACCCAACGCCUGGGCCUUCUGGCGAGCUACGUCCCAUUCCUCAUCGUCCCGCUCCUCAUGACAAUCGAUAUGGGCUUCCGAGUGCUUGGCCUAGUCCGUGCGGGCAGCGCUGCGGCCGAGAGGGAAAAGAGGAAGUAG